UUUUGGCCCAAGCAGUGAUCUUCACUCUCAAGUUCGAGGAACACCGACCCCGUGCGCCAAAUCGGCGAACGUCCUUUCUCCUCAUCAUGGCCACUCCAGAGUAUGACUACCUCUUCAAGCUCCUGUUGAUUGGAGACUCAGGUGUUGGCAAAUCUUGCCUCUUGCUCCGAUUUGCAGAUGACACCUACACGGAGAGCUACAUCAGCACCAUUGGUGUGGAUUUCAAGAUUCGCACCUUGGAGCAGGACGCCAAGACCAUCAAACUGCAGAUUUGGGAUACUGCCGGGCAAGAGCGAUUCCGCACCAUUACUAGCAGCUACUACCGCGGCGCACAUGGCAUCAUUGUUGUGUAUGAUGUGACGGACAAAGAGUCCUUCAACAAUGUGAAGCACUGGGUCCAGGAAAUCGACAAGUAUGCCGCCGAUGGAGUGAACAAGCUUUUGGUGGGAAACAAGUGCGAUUUGUCUUCCAAGAAGGUGGUAUCCUAUGAUGAGGCGAAGGAGUUGGCAGAUUCCUUUGGCAUCCAGUUCAUGGAGACCAGCGCCAAGAAUGCCCACAAUGUGGAGCAGGCCUUCCAGACCAUGGCUCGCGAAAUCAAGCAGCGUGUCGCCGCACAGCCUCAGGCCAAGAGCGGAGCAGGCAGCACCACCUUGGGUGCAGGGCGACCGGUGGGUCAAGGUGCUGGCGGCUGCUGCAAGUGAGGACAUGCAACCAGCGCAGAGGUUUCGUGCAGUACCCCUGCGCUUGGCAGGCAUCUCGUGACGAGGAUUUUGCCCUCAAUUCGCAGCGCAACUUGGAUGAGUGAGCACCAGCAUCACAUGGGGCAGCUUCUUCACGCGACUGUGAAAAGUCACAGUUGCGUGGCUUUUGCACAAUUGUGGCCAGUGCUUCCUUGCAGACCUGUAGCCACAAUUCAAAGAGUUUGCUGAGCUUCCGCAUGUUACACUACUGCAAUACUUGCC